AAGUAGACAUAGUUGAAUCUAAUGCAAAUGUAGCUGAAGCCAACGUAGAUUUAGUUGAAGCUAAUGUAGUCGAAGAAGUAGAAGAUGUAGUAGAAGAUUUAGUUGAAGAUGACAACAAUGUAAUU